CCAGACAGACGCUGCUGCCGCUGCUGCUGCUGCCGCUUCGGGAGGGAAGUCGGCCUCACAGAGAGAGGACAGAACAAGGGACGCCCUGGAGUUCACUCUGACAACUAUAUUCGAGGCGCGUGAGCUCGGCGCGUACAUGGAGACCUGACUUGAUUUGGACCCCCCCCCCCCCCCCCCCCCGGUCCGACGGAACCUGGAGCAGAACCUGCUGCCUCGCGCGUAGGACGCGUACAAAACAAAGUGUACGCUGGGAAUUUAAUCACAGCGAGAAGCUGGCAACGGGGGUCUGGGCAUGGACGGCACUGGAUUUUGGAGAUUCCUGAUAACCACUUGUGUUAUUCCAGGAAUACAUGGCCAGACUGUUGAAAUGGAUGAUGGGAAGUGGGGCUACGCCGGCUCCAAGGUGGAUCUCCGCUGUCGGUUCGUCAACAGCCUCCCGCCCGUCAAAAUCUCUCAGGUGACGUGGCAGAAGCUGGUGAACGGCACCAAGCAGAACGUGGCCAUCGCCAACCCCUCGCUGGGCGUGUCCGUGGCGCCGCCGUACAGGGACCGCGUGGCCUUCAAGAACGGAGCGGUGAGGCGACGGACCCCGACGCUGGAAGACACCACCAUCACCUUCUCCUCGCUCCGCCUCUCCGACGAGUCCAGCUACAUCUGCGAAUACACCACCUUCCCCGCGGGUAACCGGGAAAACACCGUCAACCUCACCGUCUACGUUCGGCCAACCACUCGGAUGAGUCUAUCCACACCGACGCUGGUGGCGCGGUCCUCCAAUCUCAAAAUCCCGGUGGCCACCUGCAUCUCCGCCAACGGAAAGCCGGCCGGCUCCAUCAAGUGUGUGUUUCGUGGAAGAAAAAAAGAAGUGUUUCCUCUCUUGAAUUCACCCUUUUCCUUUAAAAAUGUUUCUUUUCCGACCGCAUUACGACGAGCCGAUCCAAAGCAUCCGCGUAUCUCUGUGUCCCUCAGGUGGGAGACGAGGACGCCGGGAGAAGCGACCACCCGAGAGUACAGGAACUCCGACGGGACGUUCACCGUUCAGAGUGAAUACGUCUUGGUGCCCAGCAGAGAAACACACAAGGAGACGCUCACCUGCGUCACCACCUACAACCAGGAGGUCUUCACCGACAGCGUCACCCUCGACGUUCAGUAUGAGCCAGAUGUUUCUGUGGAUGGGUUUGAUGGAAACUGGUACCUGAACCGAGAGAACGUCCAGCUGAGCUGCCGAGCUGACGCCAACCCGGCGGUCUCUCUGUUUCAGUGGAGACGGGUUAACGGCUCCAUACCAAACAACGCUGACAUCCGCGACAACGUCCUGACCCUUAAAGGGCCGGUAACGUACGACAUGCAGGGCAUCUAUGUGUGUGAUGCCACCAACAGCAUCGGGACGCGAUCGGGCUCUGUGGAGAUCAGCAUUAUCGAAAAGCCUCUACCGCAGAUCGCACCUGGUGAUGUCAUCAGUGUGAUUGCCUUAUUACUGGCUGCUGGAGUUCUCAUGGGCAUCACUGUCACCGUCCUGGUGCUCAAAAUAAGAAGCCGAAAAGGCAGCGCCUCAAAUGACUCUCCGUCCAUAAGGCCGUGCCAGCCGAUCAGGAAAAGACCAGCGGAUGAUAUCCAGCAUUCGGGCCGGUUUUACGAAGAGCUUCCCAACCCGGCCGACUACGUGAGCUACCGGCUGGCCCGCAACACGGAGGACGACCCGGAGCCGUACUCCCCGCCCAUCAACGCGCCUCAGCUGUCCUUCCUGCCCCAGCAGCCCUACCCCCCCCCACAGCCGACCACCGCGGCCGGCGGCGCCGACACGCCGAGUCACACCUCGUCUCCUCCGUCUCACACCGCCGCCAUCUUUAAAUACCCCUCCGUCCCAGUGUUGUGUUCCCCUCCCCCGGGAGUGGCGGCGUACACUUUUCCCAAAGAGCAGUACGUGUGACGCGACCCUCCCGACGCAAACUCAAACACCUCGUCGUCGAUUUCAGAUGAAACGACGGAAAAAUAAAAACUCUUUUCCCGAAGAGGGGCUGGAGAAACGACGUUGAACCCCGGACGACGGGUCGACGCCGUCUGCAUCGCUGCGGACGGCUCUGGAGGUCAAAGGUCAAUUCAGCGUUGGACGAAGGCAUUUAAAAAAAAGGGAACUUUGUGAACCUUGUUUCAGAUGUUUAGGGCAGACGCAGGUCAAGUUCAAUAUGAUUUGACUGUCAUCGGAAAGAAAGGAUCCUGCGUGACGUAUAAAGUGAAUGGAUUAUCUCUUUGAUUGGUUUAGUUAAUCCUCUAUUGUGUCAUUUUCUAAGAAAAGAAAAACGUAAUAAUUUCCUACUUUCUCUCUGACUCUUUAUCCUGCGUCACACACGGAAAACAACCGUUUCACCUUUUGGUUUCACCUCUUGUUCGUACUUUUGCUGUGCUUGUAUUUUUGUGUCGUUUAUGUUUUUUUGUGUGAAAGAAAUCCCCAAAAACAUUUUUAUUCACUGAAGACAUUUUGUUGAAAUUGAUGUUUAUAUUUGUGGUAUUUGUGGGUUUUAGUAUUCAUUGACACUGGUUGUUGGAUGAAAAUAAAAAUGAUUAAGUAAACUACAAAACAAUACAA